GCGGUGACAUUGACGGGCAAAACUCUGACAACGCGCAGGAGCAUAGGGACAGUGCUACUGCUGGCCAGAGAGAUGGGGGCGAGAAUGUGGUUGGGCCCCAAAGCAGCAAGCGUGCAAACAAGCGGGGGGGCAAAGAUGGUGUUGCGAAAAACAAGAAGCAUCCCCUGGACCUUGGAUGAGAGGAUCGCGCUGUCCAUAAUGAUGGCUGAGGAUGACGCCCUUAUGGCCGACGCCGAUGGGCAACAUCGGUUCAAGAGGAGUAAGGACCGGUAUGAGUGGGUGCACGAUCGGAUGGCGGAGCAGGGGUUUCUGCACAGGUCGGCGGAGGAUUGUCGCAAGAAGUGGCAGGGCAUGCUGGCGGCAGCGAAGUUGAUUCUCGACAAGUGUGAGAAUGCUUCGGGGAAACCUUCGUACUGGAACAUGACCCUUGAGAAGCGGAAGGCGGAGCAGGUGCCACUAGGCUUUGAGAAAGCUCUGUGGGAAACGAUGGAGUGGAAACUCAAUCGGUCAUCCAUCAAGUGCGACAAGACGCUGGCGUCCGAGAACCUGCCAGGUAACGAGGGGGGGAAUUCAACGAGCGGCGGUCCAGCAAAGCCGUCGUCGGGGAGGAGUGCUUCCGACGGCAGAGCAACGGAGGAUUCAGACCAAGCAGCGAAAACCCGGAGGACGAACACCGACAAAACUAGAAUGGACGACACGACGAGCGGUGGGACAUCAUUGGGUAGGGCGAUGGAGGACGCUAUACGGUCGUACGACGAGGGUUUGGAUAAGGCCGCUGCUACUCUGGCGAAGGCAACUUCGGAGGCAGGCUCGGCGAUUGCGGCGAAGAUCGGUGACGUGGCAGAUGCCAUGCGUGGCAGAAACACUGUCCUCGAGAUGCUCGUGGGGGUUCUCGCGAGGCGUGGAGGUGGGGGGAACAAUGCUGCAUACGAGACGGCGGACACAGACCCCUCGACGCGCUAGACAUUUGUUCAUAUGGAUAUCAAUAUAUAUAUAUAUAUAUAUAUAUAUAUAUAUAUAUAUAUAUAUAUAUAUAUAUACAGGGUUACCGGCGUUCGGGACAGGCCGAACGCCCGAACGUACGGGACCCCUUCGGAAGGCGUUCAGCCGUUCGGGCUGAACGCGGACCAAAAAAACAAAAAAAAACGUUUUUCAAAAAAUUCCGAAACAAAACUAUGUUAUGGAG